CUGCUACCUCCAGAGAUCACAGCAUGUUCCAGUGAAAUUACCUUCAUGAAGCUUCUGUAAAAAGCCCAGAUGACAGAGAUAGUCUGUUGCUUGAUGAAGUCAGAUAAGUUGUUCAUGGGAAUGUCCAAAUAAGUUGGCUCAGUCAUUUCCUCUAUCUUAUCUCUGGAAUGUGCAUCAAGGCCAGCUACCAAGGCUGAACACCAACAAUUUACCACAAUCAACUAUCAUGGUGAUUAGCAGAUGGGUGUUAAACACCUUAUCUAAGAUUCUACACCAUCAUCCAAACCUGCUUGGAUGAAAUCUGUCAGCCUAAUAUAGAAAACAACUAACAUGCAGUCCUCAAGUUCUUAUUAAAAUAAUGUGACAAACAUUACAAAUUUGGAUUAUAUCUACGAGUAGUAUGUCAGUAUGAUCUUUGGAGUAAAAUAUUAAGUUUUUAGUCAACCAUACUCCUAACAACCCAACAUUUACACCCAAGGUAGUCUAUUUCCCUUUCAAGUCAAAUAUCUUUGCUUUUAAUUUAUUAUUUUUAAGCUACUCACUUUGACUGCUUCAGACUACUUCAUGAUCAACAAAUGGCCAACAUGGAGUUAACUUCACAGAAUGUAGUACAUUCCAGUGUAACUCUACACACAUCUGAAUAACGCCCGCCUCCACGACCCGUUUUUAUUACAUAACCACUUGUGCAGUUUGGAUUCUCUUUGGACUUUUCUUGUUCCGACAAGGCCCACAGUGCAUUUGUCCACUGUUUCAGGGAUUUAAGGAUUAGCCUUCAUUGGGAGAAGUCUCUGCUCUACUCUCCGCUCACUGGCGCAGUCAAAGGCCACCAUCGUUGAACAUUCAUUGCGACGGUGACCUCUGAUGCACCUUGAGCAGGCCUAGUGUGAAGCGACUGGGAUGAGACUCAGCACCACCAAAUCUGAGACCAUGGUCCUCUGUUGGAAAACAAUGGAUUGUCCCCUCUGGAGUACAUCCAUGGCGGGCAUCCUGAGCUUCACCUCUCUGCUUCUCGUGGUGAGUGGGCCCCUACUGACAAGCCUCGUUGUCCAGGGUGGAAAGAUUCUGGUGUUCCCAGUGGACGGCAGCCACUGGCUCAGCAUGAACCUGCUGAUCCAAAGUCUCCAUGACAGGGGUCAUGACAUCACCGUGGUCCGCACGGCCACCAGUUGGUACAUCAAAGAAACAUCACCGCAUUACCGUUCCAUCACCGUGACCCUACCAGAGGCAAUGGACAUCGAGGAGCAAGAUUUCUUUUCAUCAUUUCUUGUGAAGAUGCUGGCAAUCCAGAAAGAAGGGGCUUCCAUGAUGGCUUUUUUGUCGUAUUACUGGGAAAUGCUGUCCUCUCUGGCAAACAUUCACCAACAGGCCUUUCUGUUUGUGGAAGAAAUGUUUGAGAACAAGUCUCUGAUGCAGCAUCUACAUGAUACCAAGUUUGACGUCGUUCUUUUGGACCCAGGUGUGCCUGUAGGUGUUCUGGUGGCUCAUAAGCUUAAGUUGCCGUUUGUGUAUAAUUUAAAGUGGAUCACCAGUGGAGAAGGACACUUUGUGAUCGCUCCAUCACCUGUAUCCUAUGUUCCAACAUCUGGACAUGUUGUGUCAGAUAAGAUGACCUUCUUCCAAAGGGUUCAAAACACAUUCUACUAUUUGCUCAACAUGUGCGUUGACAGGUUCAUUGUAUGCCCUCCAUAUGACAGACUCGUAGAAAAGUACUUUGGUUCAGAUGUUAACUUCUAUCACCUUCUCCAAGGAGCUGACAUUUGGCUGAUGAGGGUGGACUUUGUCUUUGAAUUUCCCAGGCCCACCAUGCCAAACCUGGUUUACGUGGGCGGUUUUCAGUGCAAACCCUCAGAGCCUUUACCGCCUGAACUCGAGGAGUUUGUUCAAAGCUCGGGCGAGCAUGGGUUCAUUCUGAUGUCUCUCGGCACAUUGAUCAAAAGUCUCCCUUUGGAAAUGACCUCAAAAAUAGCUGCUGCCUUUGCCCAACUUCCUCAGAAGGUUAUAUGGAGGUACAUAGGUGAGCGCCCCAACAACCUCGGCAACAACACUUUACUGGUGACUUGGAUGCCCCAGAAUGACCUCUUGGGUCACCCGAAGAUUAAAGCUUUCGUAUCCCAUGGCGGUGGCAACGGGGUGUAUGAGUCCAUUUAUCACGGGGUACCAGUUGUGGGCGUGCCGCUUCUAUUCGACCAAUUUGAGAACAUUUUGAGACUGGAGGUGCGAGGUGCUGCCAAAAUGCUAGACGUGACAAACCUCACCCCCCAGAGCUUUUUGGAUGCAGUAAGAGAAGUUCUUCAUAAUCCGUCCUACAGACAUAACAUGAGGCGGCUGUCUGAGCUCCAUCGGGACACACCGGUGCCUCCUUUGGAAUCAGCCCUUUACUGGAUUGAGUUUGUUAUCAGGCACAAAGGAGCAUCACAUUUACGCACCGACUCGUAUAAGAUGCCCUGGUACUCGUAUCACUCUGUGGAUGUUGUAUGUUUUCUCUUUGCAGUGUUGUUCAUAUUUACAGUAUUUGUCGUGGUUUCAAUACGGUUUCUUUGCUGUCGACUGUGCAGGAAGAGAAAACCCAAACAGGACUGAGUCCUUCCAAGAGAUUAACACACGCACUUGUGUACUAACAUACAUCAAAAUGUGACAGAAUUCCUUUAUUUAAAAGGGCCUGUAUAGCUGUAUUCCAACACCCCACCCCCCAAUAUUCAAAGUACUUACAAAGCACUUAUUUACACUAUAUAUUCUGUUUCCCAUUUAGACAACCAUAUUACUAGGUGCGCUACGACCACUACCUUUGCACCCCCAGGACUAAACCAAACCAACUUUUUUAGGUUCCUUAGAUAACCCCAAAACACAAUCAGAAUGUUCCCAAAACUAAAAACUGGCCUCAAGCCAGUUAUCCAAGAUGGCGUCCAAGAUGGCUGCCAAAAUAGGAUUUUUCACUACAACACUUUUAAACAACAUACAAACAACAUAAAUAUCACAGCGAUUCAAUGGGAAGACCAUUGCAGGUCACAGCAAACUCAUUUGUGCCUAAAUUCAUUUAUGGGUUUAAGAUUCAGAAUGGUGUCCAAAAUGGCCACCAAUAGACCCUUAUCAUUGAGUCUCUG